AGACAACAAGAAGGAAAGCGAAAGCAGAUCGCGCGGCGCCUAAUUCAGGAUGAGGAAGCGCCGCGCUGGGUCCCGCUUCAGCUCCUCAGAGAUAUUACGGUUGCGCCGAAAAAUGGCCAAAUUGACAGUGACGGAACCCCCCCAAAAGCGACGACGGCGGAGUCAUAAGGCGGGUACACCCACCUGGGGACAGAUAAAGAACCUGGUGACCCAGGCCACUGAUGUCGUGAUGGCCUCAGGUAGAGAGGUAACAGCCACACAUGUCUUCUUGGCAUGCCUGUGCAUUCUUACUACAGCCGGGGAGUCUGCCCUCUAUUGGGCAUACAUGGUAGGUCCUCCUACAGUACAACCUGUAACAUGGAGAGACCCCACACCCAAAGUAUACACCAAUCUCACCUUUGUGGGAGGGGAAGAUACAGGGUUUCUGCCCACUGUGUCGGCCUCUAUAAAUUGGACGGCACUCUCUGCAGGAGUACCCAUCUGCCUGCAAAGGGAGUCUACGCCGUACAAACUUGCUUAUGGGCGUUUGGGUACGAAACCAGUAGGGCGAUCUAUUACUUAUACUAUGUGGCAAAAUGGCGAGCAUAAUUCUGAAUGGGUGGCCCGCUCCGUUGCCGCUUAUUGGCAAAAGAGAGAAUUAUUAGGAGAAUGGAUGUUUUUUGGACCGCGUGAUCCCCCUCAGAAUCUUCCUAUAUGUCCCUCAGUUGGUCAAGGCCUUACUGGGGACUCACCUUGGGGUAAAUGUGCCCAAUCCUCUUCAUUAAGGAUGACUCCUAAAGGCAUAAACUAUACCAUUACAGAUUAUUCCCGAAAGGCCUGGCAUUCAUUCUUUCAAGAAACACCUAUGGCUAUUUUGGAAGUACAAAGGGAAACAAGGAGACCUUUAGUGGCUCCUUUAAGAGAUAUGGGCCCACCUCCUAACGAGGUACAGGAAUACCACAAGGUUAUCCCACAAACCAUUUUGCAAUCCCCUGAAGGAAGAAUUCAUUCUGAUCUUUGGAAGUUAUAUGCUGCCUUUGAUAAAAUAUAUACUAAUGACAGCUUUAGUUUUCCAGAAUAUUAUCUUUCUCCAGCUCUACAAUUGCGUGCCUGUGUUCCUCCUCCCUACCAUUUGAUUGUUGGAGAUGGGACCAUUACUCCAGUGAAAGAAGAUGGUCAUCAGUUAUACCGGCUGACGUGUCCUGCUUGUGUUUUGACCAAUUGUUUACCAGUAGAUGGGCCCUCUAGAAGUGAAAUGAAGGUUUAUUUGGUCUUACAACCUCCCUAUUGGAUGUUGCCAGUAAAUGUUACAGGACCUUGGUAUCCUAAUUAUGGGAUGCAACUGGCCUUAGAAAUCAGUAAACGGCUGCGCAGGACCAGACGGUUUCUUGGACUCUUGAUUGCUGGACUUAUAGCAGCAGUGACUGUAAUUGCCUCUGCAACUGUAUCUGUAAUAUCCUUACAUGAAAGUGCCCAAACAGCAUCCCAUGUAAAUGAAUUGGCUCAUAAUGUAUCCAAGGUGUUUGCCACUCAAGAACGAAUAGACCGUAAAUUGGAAGCCCAAUUGGAGGCACUACAAGAAGCAUUGAUAUAUCUUGGUGAUCAGUUUGCUGUUUUGCAUACCAGACUUUCUUUAAUUUGUCAUGAUGCAUAUAAGCAUAUCUGUGUUACCCCUUUAGAAUAUACCAAUAUGACAUGGGGACAAGUACGUCGUCAUUUGCAAGGGAUUUGGCAUGACGCUAACACUAGCUUAGACCUCUUACAGCUACAAGAAGAGAUAAAUGCUAUUGCAAGUAGUUCACUCAGUUUCCCUGACCCUGGAAGUCUCGCUGGAACCAUACUGCACCAACUUAAUGGGUUUAAUCCAUUUAAUAUUCUUCAGCAUUCCUUUUGGAUCUUUAUUGGAAUUGUUUCCGUAAUAUCUGUUAUACUUGUCUUGCUGUGUUGUUUCUGGAGAUGGGGUCUCACUGCCUUUACCACAUACCAAGCCAGGAUGCACAUGUUACAAUUACAAACAAUAGGGGGAAAUGCGGGAGGCUGGACCCCGGUGCCAGGCUAAGACCGGGUUGAGCAACGGCUCCCUGUUGACUCAGCCAACCCGGUGGUUCCCCUUCCCGUUCCACCACUUACAAAGGCAUACAAAAGCCUUGCCAAGGCUGAGAAAUCUAAUUCCUGAAGCCUGUGGUCUGUGGGUGUUGGCAAUAAGGUUACCCCUUUCUACCCCGGGUCAAAUAGGAACAAACAUGGGAACUGUGCUUCGCUAGCAAUCUAUCAACAGGGUCUUGCGGUGACCCGUUUAGAAAGUUCACAAUGUACACGGAACUAAAUGUUUUGGUUGGCAGCGAUCAUGCGAAACCUGUUUAUUCUUAGAAUGGCCUGACCCAUAAGAGUCUUGAUAUAAAAGAUUGUGUACCGCAACAAUAAAGUCGUCACUUGGGCCAUCAGCCCAGGGGACCCUCCUGUUCCCAAACUGGCUUCUCUUUUC